GCUGCUGUCGCUAAGGACGCUUCGAUCCCAGCAACCACGAUGGACCAGGACGAGGGGCUGACCAGCGUGGACAACAUCGUCACACAGUUCAACACCUAUGAGGAUUUCCUCGACUCGCAGAUCACCACCGUGGACCUGUACUACCUGGAGGAUGAAAGCUUGGCCCGCCAGUUGGUGGAGCUAGGCUACCGGGGGACUGGAGAGAUUCUGAAAAGGGAAGAUUUCGAAGCAAGAAAGGCAGCUAUAGAGAUUGCAAGACUGGCUGAAAGAACUCAGAAAAAGACACUAACCAGUGCUGGUAAAGACCUGCAGGAUAGUUUUCUGAAGGCUCUGGCUGUGAGGGAAGAAGACAAUCGCAACGGGAAAGUGAGCUCUGUGAUCUUCAUUCGUGACAAAAAUUCUUAUGGACAAGAAGUGUCAGGAUACAUUGACUAUGCUGACAGACUAAAGACUGAAGAUUUUGAAGUCUACUUUAAUGGGAAAAAAAGACUCCUUCCAAGACCUACAGAUCUGAGCUUUUACAACUGGGACAGUCAGAUAGCUGUUUGUAAUUCAAGUCCCAAUUAUCAGGUGAUUGAUGAUAAUCCAAAUGGCUUACUCUUCAAAUAUAAAAAAGACAGAAAAAUUCUCAAUGUGGAUCCAAAGGACCAUCCAGGAGACAACUCUACCAGAAUGUCCAUCCAGACAGACCUCUACACACAAGCUGUCAUUUUUGACCACAUCUCCAGAAGGAAGACUUAAGCACCAACACCCUAGAUGGUUUCCUUAUUGCUUGCUAAUUUUAGACAAAUUCUGUACUUAGCAACCAAUUAGAAUCAUAAAUGAGUCCUAUAGCUGGAAGGCAAAUUAAA